GGGAUAGUAUCUUGGUGACCCGGCGGAGGAUCUCCUGUGCCGGCAAUCAUCAUGGAUGACUAUCCCAUCCAGGGCCUGUUGGCCCUUUCUGUAUUAUUGGGGCCCCUGUUCAGGCUGAUGUUCCCGUUGGGGUUCGGACGUGUGUGCACGUCCCGCAUGCUGAUGCGGUCAGGGACAGUGAAGUCUGGCCCCACACCUGCGGAGCAAGCCGAAAUUGACCGCAGGCUAGCAGAAAAGAAAAAAGAAAAGGAAGUAAAGAAAAAGCAGAAAGAAGAAGAAGCAAGAAAGAAAAUGAAAGAGAAAAUGGAAAGAGAGUUGGAAGAAGAGUUGAAGAGUAUAGAAGAAGAAGAAGAACAAGAACAAGACGAAGGAGAACUGUUGGAAAGACGUCGUCGCCCAGACAUACCUGAAAGCAGCACAACGCGCCACCUUCCCGUUGAACCACUGGAUUGGGGCAGCCGGUACCACUACUCCAGCGAGCCGUUGAAAGAAUCUGAUGAAGAACGGGAUACGUUCAUCGCCAAGUUGGCCACUAUUAAAGACACCGUUGAACGAAACCUGAUGUUGGAGGAGAAACGGGCUGAGCUAAAUCGCAGGYUGUUGGCCGCUAGMMGGCAAGASGUGGARGAAAAGWAAAGAUUGCAGRCAGAAGGGGAUAAAUUGCAAAAAGCUCUAGAAGCGCAAAAGGAAAACCCCUCUGCAACUGAAGCACAACUUGCACUCCUCAGGGAGGCCGUCCUCAACACGAGGCAAGACAUGGACUUAAUGCGGCAGACAUUGCAACGUGUAGAAACACAUCGGGUUGAAUUUGAGAAUGUCUGGAAUAACUUCGUAGAAAAGUCAGCGAAGGAUGUGGACCAACAUGUGCAAACUUACAUCCAGGCUUUGGACGAACAUAUUAAUAAAGUCUUCACCCCGGAGGUCGUAGAAAAGAUUGUAAAGGGAGAUGGAGGCGACGGAGGAGAUGGAGAUGGCGACGGCGAUGAUGAUAAGAAAGGAAAGAAGAAGAUUGAGGGUUCAAGGGGUCAACCUUCUCAGGAACCUGGGCAGACUAACAAGAUUAAACUUAAACUGCCCUGGACCUACAAUGGAAAGAAAGAAGAGAGUGUGUUGCACUGGGCGGCGACAAUUGAAACCUAUGUGUACGGACAACGUAUCCCAUACUGGGACAGGGUGUUGAUGGCAACUUYGUGCAUGGGAGGCGACGCCAUGAGCUUCGCCAUCUCGCUGCAAAAGGAGGCGGGAUGCAGCUCUAUGGUAGAAUAUUCGCAGCAAACGCGAAUCGAAGAUUUCCUUAGGUUAAUAAGAGAAAGAUUUGAGGACAAAAAUUUGGCAAGACGUACAAAAAUGUUGAUUCUCAACCUUUCCGAUAGGAAAUGGAAAAGUACCUUUGCAUUAAAAGCAACUAUGAACGAAUUGUUGCAAUGCCCUGAUCAUGGAUUAACGCCAGCCCAAAUCUUAAACAGUUUUGCACGAGCACUCCCAGAUCCCCUGAGAACGCAACUCUAUCCCCGCACAAAGGAAGAGGGGAUGACAUAUGAGAAGUUCGGCAAGAUCGCCAUAGAUCAUGAUGGCUUCCUCGCAAAAGCAAAUUAUUGCCAUUACUGGAAGGAUCUGCAAGCGGGAAAGAGAUGGCAAAACCGCACCAUCUUAGGAUCUAUACUUGGGAAAGAUUGUCUUCUUCUAACCUUUGAAGAAGGAGGCGCCGAGACCAUCUCCUGGGAUCAGGUGGACUAUGGUCUCGAUGAACCCAACAGACCGGUAGCUCAGGAGGGGAGUUACGCGGCUGUUGCAGCCCGCGGGGGAGGGCGUCAAGGAAGAGGGCGUGGCCGAGGACGAGGUCGCGACCGUGGUGGACGAGGAUUCGGCACCCAGAGGGGUGGUGGUGAAGGAAGCCACUACGUGGGAGAAAGGGGAAAUGGUCCCUCAUACGGUGGUCGUGGUUCUUACUCCACCUGGGGUAGAGGAAGAGGCUCAUGGUACAACAAGUGGGAUAAGCCAGUAGGAGGUAUGAUAGACAGUGGUUCUACACGCAACUAUAUUAGUAAACGAGGUUUGCAGAAACUGCGUCUUGGGCUUAAAGUUAAGAAGUUAAAAGAGCCCAUUGUAAGUAAGUUAGCGAAUAGCAGUGAGACUGUUAUGGAUCGAUACGUCGAGGGGGUACAAGUAUACUUUCGGCCAGAGGCAGAGGGGAAGGUGGAACGCGUUCUCCACUCUCUGACCUUCUUGGUGGAGGAUAACUUGUCCUUCAAUGUGUUAUUAGGAAUGGAUUGGGGUGAGGCUGCGCAUGCGGAUCUAAAGUUGCGAGAGCAUGAAUGCUGGCUUCCAAGUCCGCAAGGAGGUAAGAAGAAGAUCCGCCUCUAUCAUGAAUCUGGAAAAGAAAGCAGCCUAGCUCACUGUUGUAUGAGUGCCCCAACGUUCGCUCGCCAUGUUAAGAAACAUAACUUGUAUGACCAAAUCUUUGUUGCAUAUGUGCACCCAGUAAAGGAAGGAGAAACAAAGGAAGAAGUCAGGUCCCAAGAGAUUGAGAGGAUCCUGAAAGAGUUCGCAGAUGUGGCUGAAGCCCCAAGCGGUGUAGUGGAAAAACCAAUCCGCCACCGCAUUGAUAUCAUUCCAGGGAGCGCACCCCCGAAGGCCCCGAAGGGGCCUAUCUAUCGUACGUCACCCCAGGAAUUGGAUGAACUGCGAACCCAACUCGAUGAGUUGUUGAAAAAUGGUUGGAUAAGACCUAGCUCCUCACCCUAUGGUGCGCCUGUGCUCUUUGUGCCUAAGAAGGACGGCGGCGUUCGCAUGUGUAUAGAUUAUAGGAGGUUAAACGAUAUAACCGUGAAAAAUGCCGAACCAUUGCCGCGGAUAGACGAUUUGCUGGAUCGCGUGCAGGGAAGCAAAGUGUUCUCAAAGAUUGAUCUAAAAUCCGGCUACCAUCAGAUUGAAGUUGAGCCGGAAGANAGACGAUUUGCUGGAUCGCGUGCAGGGAAGCAAAGUGUUCUCAAAGAUUGAUCUAAAAUCCGGCUACCAUCAGAUUGAAGUUGAGCCGGAAGACCAACAUAAGACUGCCUUUAGGACAAGGAGAAGAUUAGGAAUGCGUAUUCCUCUGAUCCUAUAUAUGGAACCAUGAUUAAGCUAGUGCAAGAAAAGCCACCAGAGUUUUCCGAUCAUAAAGUAACUCAGGGUCUAUUGUUUGAACGAACUGGUGUAAAUGAUAGGCUGUAUAUACCUAAUAAUGAAGAGAUCAAAAGUAUGAUCUUGGGGGAAUGCCAUGAUACAAAAGGUCAUUUUGGAUGGAAGAAGACCUACGGAACUUUGUUGCGUUCCUACACCUGGCCUCGAAUGAAAGCAGACUGUAUCGCGUAUGUGCAGGGUUGCCAAGUGUGCCAAUGGAACAAAAGCACCACGCAAUC